UUCUCACGCGCAUGGACCUAUUUGAUUGUAGGCCGCCAGCGUCGUCAUCAUCAUCAUCAUGAUCAGGAUAAAAACAAGCCCUUCAGUUGCAACCGCUGCGGCAGAAAAUACAAAUGGAAGACGUCUUUACAUUGCCAUCAAAGGGACGAAUGCGGCAAGGAGCCGCAGUACAAGUGCUACUAUUGCCAUUACAAGACGAAAAUACGAUCGAAUUGGAUUCGUCAUGAGAAAACUCACACAAAUCCUAAACGCGGGCGCAAACUGUCUAAGAUUUUAAUAGCGUUGUAAAUAAUGUUUUCAAUUGGAAAAAAAUAUAAAAAAUGGGUCCAGUUUUAUAAUCACUGAAAAAUUUCAAUCACAUUUUAAUUGUAUUUCAAUUGUAAAAACAACAACGAUGUAUGAAAAAUUAAUUGUUAGAGAUAGAUUUUUUGUAUAUCAUGAAUGAGUAAACAGAAGACUUUAAAUGUAUCCACAAUCUAAAUAGCUUUAGAAAAUUUAAAGUUAGCAAUAAUACAAUAAUACACCCACACACAAGAUUAAGUUUUAC